UCCUCGCCUUCCGAGGCUCCUCAUUCACCGCGGGCUCCCGACCCCGCGUCCCGCCUGGGACAUGACCCGGCCUUGCGCCCCCGCGCGCCCUGCUUGCUGAGCCGCGCCGGAGCGAGUUGCGGAGGCCGGGAGGCCAGGGGAGGCCGGCGGAGGAGCAGAGUCGAGUGUCUCCGGAGCAGAGAAAGGAGCCCGCGCCCCGCGCCCGUCCCUGCCGCGCUCGCCCGGGCCGUCCGGAGCCCCGAUGAGCCCAGAUGGCCGGGGCUCAACCCGGAGUGCACGCCUUGCAACUCAAGCCCGUAUGCGUGUCGGACAGCCUCAAGAAGGGCACUAAAUUCGUCAAAUGGGAUGAUGACUCGACUAUUGUUACUCCAAUUAUUUUGAGGACUGACCCUCAGGGAUUUUUCUUUUACUGGACAGAUCAAAAUAAGGAGACAGAGCUGCUGGAUCUCAGCCUUGUCAAGGAUGCAAGAUGUGGGCGACACGCCAAAGCUCCCAAGGUAGGAGGCAGUGCAUUGUACAUGCACCAGAUGCUGCCUUGA